AUGUCCUUAAAUACUUCUAUGCCCUAUUAUCGUAAUUCUUCGAGAGAAGUCAAAGCUAUUAGAGAAAUUGUGUAAGCUGAAGCAAUCAAAAGUGCCAGAUUGUUAAGCAGAGACAAAGUCAAAGUUAAACAAAAUACAUCUAUUGGUGAUUGUAAUAUCUAUAUGCUAUAUAAUUAGUGAAUAGAAGUAAAGGAAAAGCUAAUAAUUCGUUUUAUGACAAUAGAAAUAAUUCUUAGAUUGAAAAUUCAUAUAAUUUAUCUGGUUAUUUAGCCAAUGCUUUUUAGGAAAGAAAGGAAAAUAUUCAAAGGAUUUAGAUGUAGGAUAUUACAAAUAAGAAUAAAUUUGAUGAAAACAAACAAAGAGAGAUUAAAUAUCUUAUGAGGAUUGCAGCAUUAGAGAAAGAAUCAUCAAAACUAACUGAAUUAGCAACUAAAUUGAAGAAAGAGAAUUAAUUAUUGAGAUAAUAAAAUAAUCAAAAUAAUCAAGAUUUGAUAAUUUAUCAAUUAUAAGAGGCUCUUAAUGUAUCUAAGAAUGAGAAUUUAGCUCUUAAAAAAUAAAUUACAUAACUAUAAAACUCAAAUACAACAUGCUUUAAUAAUAGUGUAUAUCGAAUCUAAAAACAUUAAACUCAAAAUACAAAUUAUACAGUCAAUACUACUAAUAAUCUAUCUUAGGAUAAUAUCAAAUUUAAAGAACUUAUACCUAGUUAUUUAGUUGCUCUAAGCUUAGCUGGAUGA